AUGCCACUGAUGAACGUGUGUGUCUACGGCCUCUCAAGUCAGAUGCUGGAGGCUUUCUUUGUGCGAGAGUGCGCUCGAAGCGCGCAGCCGCUUGUGGCCUCCUCCUCCUCAGAGCUGCGAUUUGGUCUGGUGGGUGGAGGGGAAAGUAUGGGGGCAUGGGGGCUGAAGUGGCCUGUGGCACUCGAAUGUUGUCAGUGCCAGCGUGCCCCAUGCGUACGCGUUCCUUACCUCUUGCACCUACCCCACCACUGCGAUGAUGGUCAACAGUCUUCCGUGGAGCAUUACGUGGCCCAGGUGCGUCUCACAAGUCAGGAGAUGGACGGGUUACGUAAUCAGCAGUCCGCCGCAGAGCCCAUCUCCAUGCCGUGCCGGCUGGUCAUUCUGGAGGAUGCGUUCUUUCGCGUGCCGAGCACCCCAGAGUCGAGCAUCUGUGCCACUCCUGGGACUGUGAUUGCCGGGGUGGAUCAGCGGUACAGCCAGCCUUCGUCUCUCUGCAUCACGCCAUUCGAGCACGAAAAGGACGCGCUUACGGAGGGCAGCGGAGAGGCACCCCAAUGGCUGGCAGUGCUCGAUGUGCGCCGGCACCGCGAUGCCAGUCUCACAGUCGACAGUAAUCCUCUGGGUCACAGUGGGAGAAAUGAUGCUGCGAUCGCACCCGUCUGCUUCGGUUCCACUGGUGAGCAGUUCGCCUUGCUGUACAACUUGCCUGCACUGCCGCCACGCCCCUCUCUCCCGGUGCCUGUGAUGGUAUCAUCUGGCAUGGCUUUUCCGGCAUCCGAAGCUGACGCAGACGCUAGCAUCGGCUCAGCGAGCGACAGCAUCCCGCCCUUCUGUGAAUGCGGCCCUGACGGCGGUGAGUGCGCAACCGUCGGCAAUCCAGGCCCGUUGCUGUCUCUCACCUUCUACGCCAACGACCCCACCAAACCGUUCGACCAGGCCGCGUGGCAGUCAGAGCUGAUGUCGCAUCAGAGCGAGGUAAUGCGUCGGCGCAUGCGCGAGACCCCUGACGGGGUACCGUCGACCACUGUCUGCCAAAUCACAGGCGUGCGGCCGAUUCCGGUAGAAGGCAGCUGCUGGUGUCGUUCCAACCUGCCCAUACCCGCGUUGUUGGAGCAGCAGCUGAAUGAGAUGCGCAUGAGGCGUAGCUCUGCGGCUGCAGCAAGCAACGGCGGUCGGGACAGCUAUAGAGCAUCGAGCCCCGCAAUGUCUUCAACAUCGUCGGUAUGUACGAUGAACUCCUCUCACAGUAGCCAUCACCAUUCUCACGUCGAGAGCUCGCGGCGCUCGGCACGCAGCGGGGCCACGUCGCCGUCCGCUGGUUUCCUGGCCAAGGGCUGGUGUGUGCGACCGUUGCAGACGAUCAAGCCUGUUCUGCCCCAGACGGGCAACGUGGACAGCACCGGAAGAGUGCCGCUUGUGACGGCGCGUACGCAGCACGUGUGGACGUGCCUCCUCAACCUUCGCGAGUUGGAGGAGUUCGCGAUCGAGAUGACUGUCAAGGUUCCGUACAUAGCGGACGGCACAGAAGUUUCUCUUCAAGGCAAUACCGUGCUCUUCUCUGGCAUGCUGCGUUCCAGCACGAGCGGCACCGUACUCUUGCCAGUCUACUGCCCUGCACCCGCGGGUGCGCCGGUGGACGUUACGCCACUGUGGAUGAAACUGUACGUGCAGUACCUGCUAGUGUUUCCAUUUGAGGGAUCUGGGCAGCACGGCCCGCUGGAGAUUGUGCGAUCCUCGGAGACGUUUGCGUGGCUCACUGUCCCCACCUUGAUUGGUCACCGCGGGUUGGGAAAGACGUACGCGCGCUCGCCAUCCGCCUCUGGUGGCGCACCGCUCGUCAUAAAGUGCAGCGAGAACACCAUACCAUCAUUCCAAGCCGCGCACGCCCGAAAAUGCGAGAUGAUCGAGUUUGACGUCAUGCUCUCCAAGGACCGCGUGCCGGUCGUGAUCCACGACCCCCUGAUUGAGCUGAUGGCGCUGAAGCGAGAGGGCGUACGUGCGUGUCCGGGGAAGGCAGAGUACACACCGGUGCGUGCCGCGGUGCACAAGUUGAACUAUACGCGGCUGCGUGACCUGCACGUGCAGUGUUGCAAGUCCGUCGACCGCGUAUUUCCCACCAAAGACCUACUGAUACACCACUGGGAUAGUCUGCUGUCAUGGGCGCGCAAUUGCCAGCCCAAGGCGCUGAGGGGCUCCUCGUCGUCCACACAGGACAGCGUGUGCGGUGGUGUCUCAGCGCGGACCGUCAAGAGCUCUCUGAUGGGGGUGGAGGACUUUCCUAACGGUGUGCCCUCGCUCCGGGAGGUGCUGGAGCAGACACCACCGUCCCUGCACUUCAACAUAGAGGUGAAAUACCCUUUCCAGCCGCUCGUCGACUCGAAUCUCUUCCUGCAGAACGACGCGUUUGAGGUGAACGGGUUUGUGGACGCCAUCCUGCGGGUCGUCUUCGAGUUUGCGGACAACGGCCGCAAGAUCACCUUUAGCAGCUUCGACCCCAACGUGUGCCUUGCGCUGGCCCUGAAGCAGAGUCGCUACGAUGUCCUCUUCCUCAGCGACACGAAGGAGAUGCGCGACUUGAAGGACUACCGCUCCUUUUACGUGGAGGGCGCCAUCCAGUUCGCCUCUGCGCAGCACCUCGCAGGUGUUUCGGUGAACGCCGGGACGCUGCUGUCGCCAGAGGAUGAGGCGGUGCUGCCGAAUAUUCCUGAGGCGCCGCUGCACGGUUCGGCCGAACGCGGCCCCGUAACGGCAGAGCUCUUCCACGCUGAUGACCCACAGCAUGCUCCACCCACCGUGCCGUCGUCCUUUGGUGCUUAUGGACGUGCUAUGGUCGCCGAGAUGCACCACCGACGGCUGAAAGUGUGGACGUGGGGCGACAUGAACAGCUACCUCUACUUUGCCUACGUGCAGGCGGCCAAGAUGCAGGUUGACGGCGUGAUUGGGGAUCGCAUGCCAGUGUUUUCCUCCACGAGCUGA